CCUCCUUCUUUUCCUUCUUCUUUUUUAACUCCUUUUCUUCCUCCUCCUUUAUCUUCUUUUUCGUCUCGUCCUCUUUCUUUUCCUCCUCCUCCUCUUCCUUCUUCUUCUUCAUCUCCUCUUCUUCUUCCUCCUUCUUGUUUCUUUUUCGGCUCGUUCUCCUUCUUAUUAUUCUUCUUCUCCUUCUACUUCUUCUUCUUCUCUUCCUCCUCCUCCUUCUUCUCCUUCUACUCUUCGUUCUUCUUUAUCUGCUCUUCCUCUUCCUUCUUCUUCUGCAUCUCCUUUUCUUGUUUCUCCUUCUUGUUACUUUUUCGGCUCGUUCUCCUUCUUCUUCUUCUUCUCCUCCUCCUAUUCCUUCUUUUUCAUCUUCUCCUUAUCUUCCUUCCUUUUUUUCAUCUCUUUUUCCUCCUUCUUAUUCUUAUUCUCCUCCUUCUUCUUAUUCUUCUCUUCCUUCUUCUUCUCCUUCUCCUCCUUCUUAUUCUUCUUAUCCUCCUCCUCCUCUUCCUUCUUCUUCUUCCUCUCCUCUUCUUCCUCCUCUUUCUUCUUCUUUUUCGUCUCGUCCUCCUUCUUCUUCUCCUCCCCCUCUUUCCUCUCUCCUCCUCCUCAGGUCAUCGACCGGUGUGGACCUCAGGCGAAUCUGCAUGUUCAGGGUCAGAUGUCGGGCCACCUUAUCUACUGGUUGGCCAACGCCAGCGAACUCUUGCACCUCCUCAAGCUGGACGAGCAUUGGCAGCACUGGGCCUGGCCGCAUUCGGGCCCAGGAGGCAGCACAGCCACAUCCGGUCCGUCCACUGCCGACUCGGCAGGUUUGGUGAGGCCGACGGACCUUCCAGAACACGCCGGACCGACCGGGGCGCCCGUCCUGGUCUACCGAGAUGCUCUGAAUCUGCUGGCCAAUGCAAUCGAGAUCUCGUUCGACCAACUGUUGGCCAACCUGAUGCUGCGGUUGCACGAGAUCGUGCCCGACCUUCUCUCCGUCAGCGACGCCGAUUUCGACGUGAGUUCGCCGGACUCGUCGGCUCGACGAGCAUUCGCUCCUGCUGGAGCCCCCUUUCCACCCACUCCUGUCGAGACCGGCCAGUCGCAAUUGCUCUUCGUCCGCAUUGA